AUGGACGAACCAGAUAGUAAAUUCUUCUCCCGUACACUUGUCAUUGCUGCCUUCGCCCUCUUUCUCUAUUUUGCUCGUGACUACCCGCAAUGGAAGGCUCGUAGACAGCUUCCUCACACCAAGCUUGAAGAUCCAAAGCCUGAAAUUGCAGCGGAAGCAAACACAGAGCAAACCAGCAGCAAAUCAUCCUCCAUUUCAGAUCCUACGAUAAAACCAGCUGAAAACGACUCACCUCUUCCAUCAGAACAUCUUGUAAAAUCAUUAUCAGACAAAUUCUCUGUGAGGUGGAUCCCCUAUCUACCCUUUGCCGUCAUCUACUUGGUUCUCAAGGCUAUUUGGGAUGGCCUCCGGUGGUUCGUUCUACACUCGAUCUUUGCUGUAGAACAGUCAGGUGUCCACUUAAUGGUCGCCAUUGAGCAUGCAGCACAUUGGUCCGUGAACUCUGGACCAGAGUUUUUCAAGACAAAGGUACUCGCUCCCAUUCAGAUCGCAGUGGUAAUCAUCCAGAAGUCCCCAGUCGUCGCAGCAAUUGGGAUCGCGUUGGAGAAAACUAUUUUUCCAGGACUUGUGCGAAUGACUGCCUCGUGUCUAGAAGUAGCUGGAGUAGCUGCAGUCAAAGCCUUUGGAUGGGUACAAACUAUUCUAGAGCCCACUCGGUCUGCACUCGAGUGGUUCGCCAUUGAGUGUGUCUAUAAUCCAUUGCAGGCGCUCUGGUCCCGUCUAUCAAUCCUUUGGGUGACUUUUUUACAGACUGCAAAGAUAUAUCUCCACGAACUGGCUAAAGAUGCACAGGACCUCGGCUGGGCAUUGGUCAAAAUUGGGACCUGGUUGUGGGAACGGACACUCAAGCCUCUGGGUACAAAGUUUUAUACAAUGGGAGAAUUGGUCGUUCAAGGUUUGGCACAAUUCUUGCCAUGGCUUGCAUUCCACAUCUACAGUCGCUUUCUUUUGCCAAUAGGCCAGGUCGCACAAGAUGGAUUCCGAAUUCUUCGAUCCCAUCCAACACUUUUGGCGGGAAUCCACGCAUUGCUCUUGACAGUCAAAACAAAGCUUGGGGACGCCCUGGAAAGGCUGGAAAGUGUUAACUGGCUGAUUCUUUUAGAAACCGUCUUGACACAGGUAGUGAAGACUACCUACAACUAUACGACUCUUGCCCUUCAGAUGAUCUGGCAUGGUAUUAGUGUUUUUGCGGUAGAUAUAGUGCCCAAUGCUUACAAUGAUUUGAUGACAGCACUCGAAGUGGCCCGUCCUAUAGUUGCAUGGGUGGUAGACAAGUUUGUUGUGGUGAUCGCAACUCUAUGGCGUACUGUAUACUGGAUUUCCAUGACAUUGACUACUUAUACACAACCUGUCAUGGCGUGGCUUCACGAGAGGAUUGGCGCACCAACUGUGAAGAUAUGGGUGACAACUAUCCAGCCAGUGUUGGUUCAUGCAGCCAUGGCAACUAUUACUCAUACCAAGGCAUUGACGGAUGCGAUCUUGAAGGCUAUGCCCAUAGUGGCAGCAACAAUGGGACCCGUAUGGGAUGGUUUUAUUAGGGCCGCUGAAGUUUUACAGAUUAUGCUCAGCCAGGUCGGCGCUAGAGUUGUUGUUCUAUCUGGAAGCUUAGGCGAGCGUCUUCAGGAGCGCGUUAAGGCGAUGGGUCCACAAUUUGAAGAAUUCAAGACACAGACAGGGCGGAUAGUUGAUGAGGUCGUACUGGCAACAUCCAAUUUUAUGAUGGACUGGGUUAAGAAGGAGAAGCGUGAUUAA